AUGGUCAAGGUGGGGGUAAGUAAACACUGGUCAAUAUAUACUUCAAUAUAUACUAGAUUUUCAUUUUUUACUAUGUAAUGUUGACUUAAAAAAGAUAAUUUCUUUAAAAAAUUUUUAAAUUCCAAUUUUUAAAUUUGCAAAAUUUAAAAAAAAUUGAAAAUAUGACAUUAUCUUCUAUAUAUCAGUAAAAACUUAUGUUACCAUGCCCAUUGUGCUAGAUAUUUAACAUAUUUAAGAGAGAAGUCAUCAGUCUUCACGUAGGCCAAGCUGGUGUCCAGAUUGGCAAUGCUUGUUGGGAGUUGUUCUGCCUGGAACAUGGCAUCCGAGCCGAUGGUGAAUGUAUUGAUGAAGUAGACAAAAGUCUGGGAACUUUCUUUCAAGAAAGCAGUAAUGGUAUCUCAAAGAAAAAAUUUGUAUACCAAGUUAUUCAAAUAAUUAUGUGCCCCAUUAUUUUUAAAUAGAAAAAACAACUCUUAUAAUCAAUAUGAUAUGAGUGAUAAUAUCGAUAUUAUUUUAGGAAAAUUCGUGCCACGUACAGUAUUCGUCGACUUGGAGCCUACUGUAAUCGGUAAGCAACUAUAUUCGUUCAAAUAUUAAUCUCAACAUGAACAAACUUAUUUUAGCAUAACUACUAAGCCGUUCACUUAAUCAUGCGCCCCCCCCCCUGAUAACAUUACUUAUAAAAGAAGUUACCAUACAAUAAUUAAAACUUUACAGACGAGGUAAGAACUGGUGCCUAUCGCCAACUGUACCACCCAGCUCAACUAAUCACUGGGAAAGAAGACGCGGCCAAUAACUAUGCUCGAGGCCAUUAUACAGUCGGCAGAGAAAUCAUCGAUGUUACUAUGGACAGAAUCAGACGUAUGUUACAGUAUAUAUAAUUAUAUACACAAAAGUAUAUACUAAAUCAAAUCAUCUCCCCUCUUAAAUUCUUUACCCCUCCCCUCUUCAGACUUUUAAGUCUUUUAAAAAUCCCCGCCCUACUCUUAACACAAUGUUAUAUCCGAUAACUUCAUCCUAAAUAGAUCAAAAUCACAUGCUAUACGUUUGUAUUACCGAUUUUGUUCAAGGAAGCGCAGAAUCAUGUUCAGGCCUCCAAGGCUUCAUGGUAUACCACUCAUUUGGCGGAGGAACCGGCAGUGGAUUCACAGCUUUGUUAAUGGAACGACUAAGCACAGAGUUCGGAAAGAAAACCAAACUUGAGUUUAGUAUCUAUCCAGGUAAUAAUUAAUCAGAAAGGAGACCUUACUGUGGUCUAAAAGUUCAAGGAAUAAAGUAAGGAACUAUUUCAGCCCCCAGAAUCUCAACAGCUGUUGUAGAACCUUACAAUUCCAUCCUCACUACUCACACCACGCUGGAACAUUCGGAUUGCUCGUUUAUGGUUGAUAAUGAGGCCAUCUAUGAGAUAUGUCAAAGAAAUCUGAAUAUCAGCAGGUAUGACUUCCAAUCUUCACUUCUCAAAAAUACUUUUAGACCUAGAUAUCUAAAGCACAAAGAAAAAAUAUGAUAAAACAAAAAGCACGGUGCUGAUUUAUAUCAAAGUUAAAAUAAAAUUCUAGGCCGACGUAUACCAACUUAAACCGUCUGAUUGCUCAAGUCGUAUCUUCCAUAACAGCGUCGCUGCGCUUCGACGGAGCUUUGAAUGUUGAUUUGAGUGAAUUCCAAACAAACUUGGUACCAUACCCGAGAAUACACUACCCAUUGGUCACUUAUGCUCCUAUCCUGGCUGAGUACGUUAUUCUAUGCAUAUUAUAGCAGUAUUUGUAUGAAUAUCAUAUUAGUAUUGGUAUUACCACAACAUUUUACUUAAAUUUAGAAUAACUAUACCUAAAGAUAUCCAUAAAAUUUAGACUGACUUGAUAUACCACAAUGCAUAGUAAUAUUACAGUAAAAUAAAAAGUAUAUUUGAUGAACAACAAUAUCACCUUUCAGAGACCGAGCCUACCACCAACUUCUGAAUGUAGCCGAAGUCACCAAGAUGUGUUUCGAAAAGGACAAUCAGAUGGUCAAGUGUGACCCUCACAAAGGCAAAUAUAUGGCUUGCUGUCUACUGUACAGAGGAGAUGUUGUACCAAAAGAUGUAAACUCUGCCAUCGCUGCCAUCAAGCUUCAUUCCCCGGUAAAGUUCGUGGAAUGGUCUCCAACUGGCUUCAAAGUAGGUAUCAACUACCAACCACCAACUGUCGUGCCAAACGGAGACUUGGCCAAGAUACCACGAUCUGUGUGCAUGCUGGCCAAUACUAGUGCUAUCGCUGAAGCUUGGGCCAGACUGGAUUACAAGUUCGACCUCAUGUAUGCUAAACGAGCUUUUGUUCAUUGGUAAGUUGAUGUAGAUGAUAAUAUUGAGGUCAAACAGGAUUUUCAAGUGAUUUUAAAAUCCAAAAGCCUUAAAAGAGCUGACAAAUUUGACACAAAACAUAUAGAGAGUAACCAGAGAAAAUUAAUGCAAAUCCAAAGCAGUGAAACAUACUACAAUGUUGAAAAAACAGAAAAAGCUACUAUAAUAUGCUUUCCAGGUACGUUGGUGAAGGAAUGGAAGAAGGAGAAUUCUCUGAAGCUCGUGAAGAUCUAGCUGCAUUGGAGAAAGACUACGAAGAGAUUGCUUAUGAUGAAGAUGGCGAUGGAGGCGACAUUGAAUAUUAG